AUCCAAGGGGCUCUGGCAUCACUUGCUCGGGUCUGGUCGUUUGGCCAUCUCAAGUAGCUAACCCGUAACGCACUGUUUUCUCGGCAACAUACUUCGGACAAGCAGGAUGUCAGCAUGGAGUGUGGCCCAGCCCUGCCAGACAGCCUGGUGCUGGAGAUCUUCCUCCAUUUACCCCACGAUGCUGUGCUGAGUGCUGGCCUUACCUGUAGACAGUGGCUGGCUGUCUCCCGAGAUGAGUUCCUGUGGAGAGAGCUGUUCUACAGCUACUACCGCAUCCCCCGCACAGUGCCUCGACACCCAGCCUCCGUGUCUUGGUACAGGGAGUUCAAGCGCCUGUACGACUGCAUCCCCUGUGAGGAGGUGCAGACCCUGACGGAGCACCACGACCAGGUCCUGCACCUGGCCUUCUCCCACAGGGGCCACCGCUUCUCCUCCUGCUCCAAGGACUGCACCAUCAAGCUAUGGGACACGGAGCGACCCGAUGGCAUCAUUUCCCUGGUGCACAGCUCCAGUAUGCUCCAUUUCAACUGGGCGUACACCCAGUUCUCCCAGUUCAACGCCGACGACAGCCUGCUGCUAGUGUCUGGGGUCUACCUGGGACCGCACCAGUCCUCCUCUGGGGAGAUCGCCGUCAUCAGUCUAGACAACUACACGCUGCUGUCGCGCGUGCGGAACAAGCCCUACGACGUGUUCGGAUGCUGGCUCAACGAGAGCCACCUGAUCUCUGGGAACCUGCACUGGAUCGGCAACAUCACCUCCUGCUCCGUGUUCUGGCUCAACAAAGCCUUCCAGGACAUCGAGUCGGAGAACGUCAACGUGGUGAAGCGUCUCUUCCAGAUCCAGAACGUCAACGCCAGCACGGUGCGCACCGUCAUGGUGGCCCACUCGCGUCGCCACGACAACCCGGACCUGCUGCUGGACUACGAGGCGCAGUCCCUGGCGCGGGCCCAGAGCCGGGCCCGCGCCCCGAGAAGCGGGCCGCACCAGACGCUGCACUUUGACCUGGGCGGCACCGACAGCGAGGAGGACGGCAGCGGGGAGGAAGAGGAGGAGGAGGAGGAGGAGCGUCUGAGGCGUCAGGGUCCCGCCACGCCGCGGCUGCCUCAGCCCACGUCCUCGGGCCUGGAGGUGCUGCAGCGCUGUCGGGGGGCCGGCUCCGCCGAGCUGGAGGCCGAGGCCACGGUGGCCCGGAUGAUGGGCCGCGCCUACACCAAGACGCCCGACCCCUCCCUCAUCACCGCCUCGGCCCCCGGGGAGGGGGAGGACAAGACCUACCUGCUGUUCACCACCGGGAGCCUGACGUACUCCCCGCACCAGAUAGGCAUCAAGCGCAUCAUGCCCGACCAGAUGAGCACCAGCGGGCCCGUGCUGGGCGGGGAGCGCAGCUCAGAAGAGUUCUUCGACUCUCUGGACCACGUGAUCGACAUCCACGGACACAUCAUCGGCAUGGGCCUCUCGCCAGACCACAGGUAUCUGUACGUGAACAGCAGGGCGUGGCCGGCCGGCUGCGUCAUCUCGGACCCCAUGUGCCCCCCGCCCAUCGCGGAGGAGAUCGACCUGCAUGUCAUCGACCUGAAGAACCUGAGGGAGGAGAAGAUGAUCCUGCGCUCGCACAAGGCCUACACGCCCAACGACGAGUGCUUCUUCAUCUUCCUGGACGUCAGCCGGGACUUUGUCGCAAGCGGUGCGGAGGACAAGCACGGCUACAUCUGGGACCGCCACUACAACAUCUGCCUGGCGCGGCUGGCCCACCAGGACGUGGUGAACUGCGUGGCCUUCAGCCCCGCCGACCAGGAGCUGCUGCUGUCGGCCAGCGACGACUCCACCAUCAAGGUGUGGCGCUCGCCGCGCAUGGUGCGCCUGGCCCGGACCCCCGGCCCCCGCCGCAACCUGCUGCCCUCCUGGUUAACCCGCUACAAGACCCCCGCCACCUCCACAAGGAGCACCACCACCGCUGCCGCCGCCGCCACCCCCACCCCAACAGUAGAGGAGCAGGAGGAGGAGAAGAGAGACGGGUGAGGGAGAGACUUUAGCGCCUUGAGGUGUUCUAAGGGGGCUAUACAUACACGCCAGGUAUAUAUACCUAUAGAUAUAUCUGUAGCCAUAUCUAUAUAUAGAUAUAUCUAUAAUAUAUGGGGUCUGAAUGUAUGAUUUUAUACCUCGAACCGUGCACUCCCGUCCUAGAGCAGUAUUUUGGCCCGUUUCGUCCACUGAGACACUGGAUGUGACUUGAGGCGGACACAAGGGGGCGCUGAUGCAAUCUUACGUUUGAACGGCCAUAGACUUCGUCGAUUUUUUUUCUUCUAUGGGACGACUGAAAUGGAACACUAAUUUCAAUGCUGAAAGUUGACGCCCAGAAUGAGCUUUUUUGUAGCCACAAGCAGAACGCUUCUGCUGAACUGACCCAUGAUGAGGGGUUUCCCAGACAUUAUAGCUAUAUAUAUAUAUAUAUAUAUAUAUAUAUAUAUAUAUAUAUAUAUAUAUAUAUAUAUAUAUAUAUAUAUCAUAGGAAUAUGCUAAAUGUGUUAAUAAUAAUGUGUUUGUGGCUUUCAUAUCCUGCCAUUAAAAGGCAAAGUGCAGUAACUGAAGAUUUGUUAAAAAAAAAACAACGGUUUGACAUUAAAUCAAUAUUAAUAAUAAAUAAAUUGUGUGACACAUUUUCACUGUGCAGGCCGUAACUGAGCGGGUCUAAAAUGUAACAGAGCGGCUGUGAGAGGCGGACGUUCUGCUUCUUAUCUCCUGUGUCACUUUCCAACGUUUAUACAGCCCAACGAUAGAUGAUGGAUCACUCAUAUGGUAGAGUUUGCAGUGGGUUUUAUUUGUGAAGGUUACUCACAUGAGAUCAAAAGACAGUGUUGCGGCGUCGGCCCCCAGCUCAAAGGUUCCGGGUUCAAUCCCCCGAGUGCGCAGGGGAUUGAACGAGAUGCCCCUCCAACAUACCUGCAUCACUACAAGUUGCUUUGGAUACAAGUGUCUGAUAAAUGGUAAAUAGAUAAACAUGCCCAUCAAGCAAAUUUUUUUUUCAUUACUUUUUUGUUGGGACUUGUAUAUUACGGUUUGAGAUAAAUGAUUCAGUUAACCAUAUUACGGCCAGCCAUAUAUGUUUCAAUACAUCCAAACAGAUGCUGACUUGCACUAUAUUGCUAAAACACUCCUGCCCCAUAAUGUUGUAUAGGACUGAUUGGGUCCAUUCAUGUCAUCAUGGCCGAGUCUUGGCGCAUUUGUAUCCUUUGAAGACUUGAAAGCCCUUCUGAAGCCUUUCAUACUUUCCCUUAAAGUCCCCCAUGGCUUUGCAGCUAUUAUAUAGAUCAAAUUUCCUUUAUAAAUUAAACAGAAGUGUAAUAGUUGGAGCGUGAGCUUGUUGCCUUAUAUAGUGAAUAGAGAAUCAAUUAUUUAUGAGGAACGCUUUUGGUAUUCACUGCAUAAGUGAGGAGCUUGCCCCUUUAAGGGAAACUACUCUGCUAAGCCCUGCCCACUAUCAAAUUUCAAAAAAUGCUUUCUCACUGUCAGACACAGAGGGGCGGGGCUAUAUGGAUUUUCAGGCUUUCGCCCUGUUGCACAAGCCACUCCCGUUUGCUACAGUCUUUUUGGCGCUGUAGCCAGAAUGUUUGAUCCACUAUCCCUGGUAACCCAUAAUGGCCUAACCCUGGUAACCCAUAAUUGCCUAACCCUGGUAACCCAUAAUGGCCUAACCCUAACCCUAACCCUGGUAACCCAUAAUGGCCUAACCCUAACCCUGGUAACCCAUAAUGGCCUAACCCUAUCCCUGGUAACCCAUAGUGGCCUAACCCUAACCCUGGUAACCCAUAAUGGCCUAACGCUAAUGGCCUAUAACUUGUAACUGAUGCAAUAGCACGUGUUUAACUGAUGGAGGGAAAUUGGAGUCCAUAUUUACAACUUAUCCUGUUAGCCCUACAUGAUGGUUUGUUACACAGAAACAUAUGUAAAGUCGUCCUUGGAAACUGUUUGGAAGAAGGCGGAAACCUUCAAAGAAAUACUACUUUGUGGAUGGAUGAAGCAUCUGUCCAUCACGUAGAUCACAUAGUACCUCAGAGAUGGAUGCAGAUAGGUCAAAACCACUGUAUUUGGUGUUCGGCCACAUAUGCCUUACGUGAAGCCUGGCCAGAUGGAUUCACAUUAAUUCAGAAGGGAUUUGGACCAAGAUCAAUCCAUAGCACUACUAUGUAACCCACUAAAUCCCUUUUCAUCGAAAAUAAGUUAUUUUAUGGAUGGAAUUUGCUUAAGGCAAGAAGUCUUUCCCAAUACCAAUGUUCUCAAGCUUUCAACAUCAGUGGCAUAUUCUGAGGUUUUUAGCCCGUAACCGAUUCUUUCUCAACAGAAGUUUGUACGAACAUGACUACAUUGUGGUUGCUUCACUUUUGCCUUCAAUGAAGACGUCAGUUGGAGCAGGUCCAUAUAUGCAUAGCUUAACGUUUACUAAGAACUGAAGUGAAAUAACCGAAAUAAAUGAGUGGUUAAGUUCAACAAGAGUUCACAGUGAGUCAAAUAGCAUCACGCUUCAUCAUCCGCGGAAUUCCUUAAGUCUGAACAAAACCAGCCACACCAAGGUUUGGCUCCAAGUGAUGCGUAUCCUCCUUGAGAUGUGUCAUCCUUCAGUACCCAUUCAGCCCAGUACUGAGAAGGGUACUGGGUUUCAUGUUGGCCCGCAUUCAUCGGAUGUUCUCUUCUCGAGGUCAACUCCUAUAGCAAUAUAUUGGGCGUUUUUCUUUUGCAAACAUCUACAUUUUCCUUUUCUAAGGAUGUAUUUUGGCAAAUCGUGUGUUUUACUUUUGCAUGUGAACAUCUCCCAUGUUGUUUUUAUUGCCAGGUAUCGACAGCCAUAUUUGUAUCGUUUCUUGUUAAUACCCAUUAGAAAUGGAACACAGCCUCAAUGCCCCGUUGUGGAUCACGGCUCAAUUUAAAUUGAGUUUGGAACUAAUAUGAAACCAAAUCGUAUCAUGUCAAAAUAUUUAAAAUGGAAUAGUACUUGAAAUUGACCACAGGAACUGCACUUUGGCUUUCAUGGAGUAAAAGUCAUUGAGGUUUAGCACAAAGAAGACCUUAAUCAAUGAAGACGGCAAAGUCCUCUGGGUUAAUCUGUAAUGGGGGCGAAUAGUAUUUUAUAUUUUUUCCAUAGUCACCAUGUGCAUGAAUGCAUGACUUUUUAUUUUUAUAUUUCUUUCACAUUUUUAGAACCAUUUAACAUCCAUCAAUGGUUAUGUCCUUCCUCCACCAACCAGCAUCAUGCUGAAUCAUGAGCAGUACAGGAGGGCCAUCAGAGGAGCAAAAAGGACAGAGGACUAAGGUGGGGUCAAGUGACCAUAGCUCUGGACCCAGAACAAAGACAAGACUGCAAUGGGAGGGCCUACAGUUUGGCCCAGUCCACCUGCUCACACCUGAGUGCCAAGCCAAUGGAUCGCCUACAUUCACUGUAGCCAAGGUGGAAGUCCUCUCACAGGGCACCAGGCCUGUACGGCACAAGGCCCUCAGGGGCUGUGCUGACCCCGACAGCAGAGGUCUUCAGUGACAUCUCAAACCUCUCCCUCAGCCUGUCUGUUCUCCCCACUUAAUGCAACCGGACCACCAGUGUGUCCUUAUGCCCAGGGGAACCAAUGUCCCCUGCAUGAGCAACUAGGGCCCCCUCUAAGCAUUGACCUCAGUCAUGAUGCAGUGCUCUGAGCGGCCGGUCGAGUCAUUCAUCUGCUCCUCACUGCCUUCCACCUCGGACCUGGACAAGUGUUGAAUGUGAUUUGAUUUUUAUCAGUGUGUUUGUUUUUGUGUGGAAUACUCAUUUAAGGGUUUGUUUUUCAUCCAUCAGAUCUGCUUUUUUUUUGUUUUUGUUGACCAUUUUAAAUAAACAGCCUGAGUUUGCGAAAUGUGUGCGUUUAAAUUGCUGUGAAAUGAUAAAAUAAACGGCAAACGGCAAAC